AAUCUAACUCUUUCGGCUAGCACAGAAAGUGGUGGGGACGGUGCAUCAAUUCCUUGGAGACAACUUCUUGAUCAUCUAGAAGAGUGGCAUAAUUAUCGUGAACAUAAACUGAGUGGUUCUGUAAUGAUUUCCCCAUAUUGAAUAUUUCUGUGUUUGAAGGCCAAAAAAAAAAGGGGAAAUUUCUUUUAUAUUUGAUUGUUAUUAAUUGGAAACUGUUUAUGUCUUAUUAUAUCUACAGGUAAGGCCUAACCAUCCUGGUUUUAAAUGCAAGGAUGGUGGUCUUGGUCUUGCACCUUGGCUUGACAGUGCCCCGCAGUAGGUUUUAUCAGGACUUGAGUAGAAUUUGAUGUUCCCAUUCAAAAAACAAAAGGAUCAAAAGGCAGAGGUGUGACCUUUGCUUAACUCUUGUGGAUUUGUUUUACGGGAACGAACCCUGGAAGAAUUAGGUGGAGAAUCCAGAUAAGUGGUGGGGACAGGACAAUAGAUUGGAUAAGAAGAAUCAAGACUUAAGCACAAAGAAACCAGCAAAGCUCUAUGGGUCGCUGAUUCUCCAGCUUGGGUGCAAUCAAAGUUGCCUUCUUUAAAAGGUAGAAAAGGAACAGCUACUGGUAAGGUGGAAACACUGCUUUCUUAGCUGUGGAAGGGCUGGACUUGAUUUGAUGAAAGUAAUUGAGAUUGGUAAUACAUUGUUAUCUUCAAUACACCUGUCUUGAGUUCAGUAAGCAUUGCUGGUUUGAGGCAACAUGUAUGAUUAUGUGAUGGUAUUGCUUCAAUCCCUUUAGGUUAUUGUGAUGAUGUUAUCACCCUCAUUUCAACGUGAAGCCUUUUUUGCAAGUACCGUCACCAGAUUUGUAUUUACUGAAAUUUAAAAUGCUCAACCAAGACAGAAAGUGCAUGAUAAGACUCUAUGACCUGUAUAUACAAAUAUACAUCUUUUCCUCAUGUAAAAUUGACAUGUCUUACUUUGACCAAAAGCUGAAGUCAUAAGUAUCCUAGUACUAUUUAAACCAUGGAGCUGAGAUUACUUGGUCAUCAUCCAAAGAAAACACUAUUAGAGAGAAGAGGAGAGAACUCAAGAGGCUUAAUGUCUGGCUCACUUUAUCAACAAACCACUGAUCAAGGCUCUUCCUCUUUUGGAGUCUCUGAAGUCUCCACCAGUUUCACCUCCAGAAGCAGCAGCUCGAGCAGUUUGGCCCCUAAUGCUUGCAUAUCGAAACAGGCAAUGAAGAAACGGGAGAGAGCCUCUAAAAAGACUACAACGAUCCACCUCACUGCCAAUCCCACCAAUUUCCGGAAGCUGGUACAGCAAUUCACAGGUUGCAGCAAAACUUCCAUUUCAUUUGAAGCAGCAAAAGGUCCAAUCAACAUAAAUUUUGCAUUUGGAAUGAAGCAGCAGAUGGAUUUUCCUGAACAUGAUGAAUAUGCUUCCAUAGUCCAACCUCAGCAAAACCAGAGAGCGGAACAGGAUCAUCAUCAUCAACAACAACAACAGUACCAGCUAUCCAACCAGGAGGAAGAAGAAUUCUGGGACUUGUCUUUCUUGGACAACAUUAAUAUUAAUGAUCUCAGUAGUGAUUUUGUUUCAACGUCCUGUUUCCCGGGAUCCAAUGUUCCUGAUAUGUCACAAGAGAUUGUCAUGGAGGAUAUGUAUUUCCUUGCAUAAGCAAAUGAAGAUCAAGAACCUUGGUAGAUAAUUAAGCUACUGAAUAAGAGGCAUACAUCCAGGGCAGGAAUUCAUCAAAAGUUCUGUUUCUUUAUUUAUUUUUUUUUUUGGUGUACGGUGUCAUUGAUUAUGUAAUGGGUGAUCAUAUGUUUUUUUGUACUUAAUUAAUGGAGUUUUAUAGA